ACAAAACGUUUAUUAGGACGAUAAUAAAUUUGUCGUCGCAAUUAUUGGUUGUAAGGAUCAUUUACUGUUAAGUGAACAUAAAUUAAUUUAACCUUGAAAUAUUUGUAGGUUAUGAAGAAAAAAAUGGAGUUGUUGUGAUAGCGAUAAUUUUUUUGUCAACAAAUUGGCUUCAAUAGAUUUAUAAGCUUUGAAAAAAUAUUCAUAAUUUUUUACGAGUUAUAAAACGCAGUAUUAGUUUCUGUAUGAAUCAAUACAAUUAUUUAGCUCGAAGGCCAUGGUCAGACGCAAGAAGAACUGACUAUCCAUAGAACUAAAAGCAAAUGCAUGUAAUACUAUUGAUCGUCACACAUUACAAUUUAAGUUUACUUUUUUACUAUUGCGUUGAAUAAAUUUUAAAAUAUAAACUUUAUCUAAUAUUUAACGCAGGUUCCAUAGUAAUCGAAUGGUAAUAGUGAAUUUGGUCAUUUUUGUACGGAUAUAGACCUUCAAAGUUGCGUUUUGCUAUUGCUGGUUCUUGUUCCUGAUGGUCCAAUUAGUUGAAAAAAAAUUAACAAAAAUAUAUUUAUGAAUAAACAAAAUUAUUGAAUUCAGAUCCAACUAACAAAUGGCUUAGAGGGACCAGCAUUUUAUGCAAACUUACAAAAAAAAAUUAAUAUAUCUAUUAUAGCCUUUUUUUGUUAUUUCUAGAAUCGCACCAUUUUCAACUAUUGUAAAAAUACGUAUUUCCGGAUUUUGUUUCUCAUAAAUCAAUAUCAUUCCAAGCAAUUAUGAAACUUCUAGGCCACAAUUAUAUGCGAGAAGAAUUGCGACGUGGAAAUCCAAAGCUAAAAUGGCCACCAGGAUUAAUCGGAUUAUAUGCGCACGCUCUCUAUUUAUCACCACGUAAGCUCAUGAUAGCCAAUAGCUUUGUUCUCCAGUCCCUUCUUCUCGAAUAAUAUCUUUGCAACAAUAGGAAAAUAUGCAACUAUCGUUUCCGCGCAUGUCGGAAUUUCGACAAUGUAUAUACUCCUUCUUGACGGGAAGAAAUUAUUAAUUCGAGAAAAUUCGUCAAACAUAGUUGUCACUAUUAAAUAAAAUAAUUAUUUUUUAACUGCGCAAAAAAAGUGAUCAGACAGCAGUCUUAUAAAUAUUGGCCAAUUUAUUUAUUUAGAUAUUAUUAUAUAACUAAAUCAAUUUAAUUAUUUCAAAUUCUAUUUUGAAACAAUUUAAUAGUUUGAUUAUUGUAAAAAUUUGAUAAUAAUAAUAACAAUGAUGUUCAUGAGGAAUGUUAUUUUGAGUGCAUUGUUUGCAAGUGUUUCAUGCUACGAAUUAAAAAACGACAACUUACCACCGAAAAAUCCUCCAAUCACAUACACAGAUAUGGCUCAACUUUUUGAACUUUGUUUUGGAAAUACGUCAAAUCCAAUUGCUGUAACAGAAAAUUUGGUAGAGACAUUUCACAAAAAUUUGCCCAUUACAAUAAAGGCGCCUGUCAUUAUCAUCAACAAAAAUUUCAUCGCUAAAGAUAUUCAACUAUACUAUCCAACUUAUCCGAUGUAUAUUUUAUCGGUGUCGAGUGCUGAGGAGAUUUUCGUAUUCUUAUUAAAAUUAGAUCAUUCACCGUCAUGGAGUCGAAAAUCCAAAUUUUUUGUGAUCUUCGAAACCAACAAACCUUGCGUAAAUUCAUGGGAAAUUCUCGAAAGACUGUGGCAGUUCAAAGUCUUGUCAAGUAUCAUAGCAUGCUCCGGAACCAGUAAUAAAACAAGCCUUUAUACUUAUAAUCCAUUCACAAAGCGAGCACCCGAUCCUUGGGUCAACACUAACAUGUAUUAUUUUGACUUCGAAAAUCGACCAGUGUUUCUUUUCAAUCAAUCUUUUUCAAACGAUAAUAAAAUAUGUGAGACUCUCUUCUUCGAUAAAACUGAAUUUCUUGAUGGCUAUCCCGUUAAUAUCGCCGCAACUUAUGAUAAUACUGAUUUGCUACUUAGUGUCAUAUUUAAUUCUUUAAACAUGACUCCACAAGUAACUUACUUUAAUGAUAAUGUCCUAAAAUUGUUUCGGUCAAUAGAGUUUGGAUAUAACGAUAUCGUUACCUCAUACAAAUAUAAUAUGGACCCUCGUAGUGUAGGCACAGUGCCACUGGAGCGCGAAAUAAAUUUUAUCAUAGUAACACAAAAGGCAAAUUUUUUAUCAACGUCUUAUCAAAUUGCAAAUGUAAUCGAUAUUAAUGGAGCCAUAGCGAUAAUUUUUCUUCUUCUUCUAAUUACCCUCUUGAUUGUAUUGCACAAUGAGUACCAGAUCGGAUUGGCUGUUCUGGAUGUCCUGAAGCUGCUGAUGAGUAUGGGGAUCGAUGCACCCCUUGACCGUCUCGCCAUGAAAAUCACCUUCUUCACGGGAUUUUUUUUCGUUUUUUUAUUUAGUCCAUUGAUUGAGGGACAAAUAUUUGCCGUAUUAACUCGCCCGCCAACUUAUAACAUUGAGUCUCUUAAAGACUUGUACGAUCAUAAGUAUCACGUAUAUUGUCCAUCGAUAGUUGCGGAUCAUAUUAUAGAAGAGCAAUUAUGGAAUACUGUUGAGGCCAGGAAAUAUUUGCAUUCAGAAGAUUCCUAUGACUUUUUGGGCGAUUGUUUGACACGAGUCAGCACAAAUAAUACGGUUGCAUGUAUAUUGCCAGAUGAAGUAUUAAUUAACGAUGCUGUCAAAAAAAAUUUGCAUAUAUCAAAACGUUUCAUGCUGAAAGUAUCAGGUUUUUAUCAGACGACUUACGAUUGGGUUCUGGCGGAUCGAUUUUACCAUAAAGGAUUAAACUUUCAAGAAUCCGGGUUCUUUGAUCGACUAAGUAAGGUUCCCCUGAAGAAUUCACUGAAGAAGAUAAAAGCUAAGGAAAGACUUAAGAAAAUCGUUGAUUAUCAAACAAUUGACGCGGUAGAUUUAACGUAUUUAUAUGUAUUUAUGGCAUUUUUCCAGUGUUUGGCCAUUAUUGUUUUUGGUAUUGAGUACAUUAUCGGACGUUAUCGCCGUCCAAGACAAUAAACAAUAAAUAUCCGUUAACUUAAAAAAAUGUGUGUUAUUAAUAAGUGCAGUCGCGUGUGAUCGGCUUAAUAAAUUCGACCACUUGGAUUGUCUUUUAUUCACAAAAUUUAAGGUCAAUUUAUUUUAAUUAGAUAUUUUAUCAACUAUCGACUUACAUAAUUCGUGAGUGUGAAAUCCAACAUUUGACAAUCGGCUUUAUUCUAUAUUUAAUAAUAUUUAUCAAAGUGACUACUAACAUAAUUUUUAAGUAUUUAAAUAUUAUUUAAGGGACUGUCAUAAUUAUAAUACCAAUCAAAUAUACA